AGCUCAACUAGCUUAAGGUAGUAGCCAUGGCCACGAACCUCGCCAUCGCCGCGUUCCUCCUGGCCACUACUCUCUUCUCCUCCUCGUCGUCGGCGGCGAGGGAGACCAUCCUGACCAUCCACAACCUGUGCCCUUACCCGGUGUGGCCGCUCUUCACCCCCGACAGCGGCUUCCCAGCCCUCUGCGACCGCGUCGUGCGCCUCGUCCCCAACGGGGUCAUCUCCGUCCGCUUCCCGGACACCCCCUGGUCCGGCCGCGUCACGACGCGCACCGGCUGCGACGGCACCGGCCGCCCGCGGCUGCACUGCGCCACCGGCUCCGCGCCGCCCUCCACCGUGGCGCAGCUCAUGGUCCAUUACGGCGGGGUGGAGGACCGGGCCGUGUACAGCGUUUCCCUCGUGGACGGCUUCAACGUGCCCAUGGUGAUCACCCCGCAGGGCGGCGGCGGCACCGGCCACUGGCUGUGCACGCCGAUGGGGUGCGCCGUCGACCUCAACCGGGACUGCCCGCCGGACCAGCGCGCCAGCGGGGGAGCGGCCUGCCGUGGGCCCCGGGGGUAUUUUAAGGCGCUGUGCCCGGAGGCGAGGACGACGCCAGGCGACAGGGACCCCGUGCCCCAGAGCUGCCGCGCGCCCGAGGAGCUCAAGAUCGUCCUCUGCCAGCCGACGCCGACGCAGCCGUAAAAUGCUAGUCCACGGCGCCGCCACCGGCCGUCGUGGAAGCCGACAGCUAGAACUCGUUCUCCUUUUCUGUUCCCUUCUGCUCGCUUAAUUUGCUGCACUGCACCGUCGCUGUUUUAUUUGGGCCUAGACUCUAGAGCUCUGGCUUCGGAGUCCCGGUGUACACAUCCUAAGCAUAUGAGUUGAGCCAAAUAAAACUCAAUUAAUUCAACUGCGACCUACGUGGCUGUGCCACCCACGUCAUCUACCCCCACCGUAGGAACCACAUAUUUCGGAGAGAGUAUUAGAGAAAGAUGAUUAACAAAAAGGUAAUAUUUGUGGCAGGCUUAUUAAUGCUUUUGUAUCAGACUUUUCUUUUCCUUUUAGACUUGAUCAGUACCAUUUUUUUUGUAUUUUCUUUGCUUCUCUUUGUCCUCUCUUCUUUUGUUGCUCAAAUUUUGAAAGUCGAAAUAAUUUACUCAUGAGACA